UUUGGGCAUGUAACAUUUAAGAGUUUUUAGAAGCAAUGGGUCAAGUGACUACAUAAUAGAUGAUAGGCAGAAAGUCACAAAACAAGCAGAUAGAUCACAGGGAGUCUGUCUUCAAUCAUAUCGAUGAUGUCACUGGAGAAAAGAAGGUCCGUUAGAACCCAGAGUCUGGCAGUUACAGGGAGCUGUGCUAGGCAGAGGGUCCUCAGGAGCUACUCUGGAUCCUCAGACUCGAGGCAGCCAAUCUUAUCUGUCCAGGACUGUGUACCAGAAACAGAAUAUAUAGCUGUGAGUGACAGAGUGAUCCGACAUGGAGAAAGAUGAGACCCCGAAGUUACUGACCCCACAGUCAGUGAAAGCCAUCCUCUCCAAGAUCAAGGCUGCCCAGCUAAAUCGGGCUCAGGAGGAUAUUUCUUCCCAACUCUCAGACAUCUUGGACAAUGUGAACUGUGUCAUCAACCGUUUCCAGAAAGAAUUAGGGUAUGAUUUAAAAGAAAAGGCAAAAUUUAACCAGGCAGAGCAAAAAGGCAAUAACAGAUUCAUCUUAUUGGAGAAAAUUGCCUCCUUCUCCAAAGAUGCCAAGACUAAAGAGAAGCAUUUGUAUGAAAUCCUUCACUGGCUGGGCGACUGGGGUGACAGUCUGGCCUAUGAGAUCAAGAACAGGAAGAGUGAGGAGGAAGAGGAAUCCAUGGACGAAUGGGUUGAGGUGAUGGAGAAAAUGCUACCUCUCUCCCUCAUUGCCACCAAAGGAGGCAUUGAGUCUCUCAUUUCCCUCUGCUCCACUCUCAUUGAAGAACAAAAGCAAAAAGCAAAAACCUCCAAACACACCUUCUGGCAGAAUUGGCGGGAGAAAAGCCUGCAGAUAUCUACACCUCCCCCUCAGCCACUGAGCCCAGAGCAGAUGCUCCAGGACAAGCAGGUCACCUGUACAAGGGUCUCAGAGGUGAAGUCCAUGCUUGAGGAGCUCCUGAACUCCACCAUAUUCAGCCAGGGAGAGGUCAGGGCAAUCAGGUACAUGUCCACUACGGUGGAGAACCUCAGAAAAGCCUUGAUGCUCCAGCACCAGGAGAACAGGAGCCUGGAGAACAAAUACAGAUGCCUGAAAAUAAAGAUGACCAAAGAGCUCAGCAGCCAGAGGCUGCACUUCCAGAAGUCCAUCCAAGUCCUCGAGACCAAGAGGAACGCCUUGAUGAAGCAGGUCGAGAGUCUAGGAGGGAAGUACCAUGACCUUCUGCUGGUAAGGCAUACCUUAGAACUCCAGCUGAAGAAGGCACAGUCUGCUAGAGUCCAAACGAAAGAGCUAGACAAGAGCUUGGUGGAUUCCCCAGGUUCCUCUGAGAAAGAGCCCCUGCCAAAGGAAAAAACCAUCAAGGAGGCAACUCAACAGGAACCCAAGGAGGAGGAGGAACAACAGUUGAUUUUGCCACUCUCCCCACGCCCUGUGGUCACAGCCUGGGACAGUGGGGAUAGACCUUCUGUAAGUCAGUCGCACUCCAUCGGGAACACUCACUUGAGGAUUGCAGAUGUGUACAGCAGAAAGGACACCCAAACUCUUGAACCUGUGUUGCUGUCCACAGCGGAUCAGAAGCUUCCUAUGAAAUGGGAAAAACCAGAGGCAAAGAUGGAAAGCGUAGGUCACAAACAUGAAGACCAGGACUUGUUGCAGGAAGUAACCCAGGAGGAGGAAGGAAUGAGAAUUCAGUUGAUUUUGAAGCAGCAGCUCUCCCCGGAGAGCUCCAUGGAAGUGGCUGUCCAGAGCCAGCUGGAGGAAUUCAGUAGGGAGAGGCAGAGGCAGCAGUGGCUGGAGGAGGAAGAGAUGUGGCAGCAGAAGCAGAAGAAGUGGGCACUGCUGGAGCAAGAACAUCACGAGAAGCUCCGACAGUGGGAGAUGGAGGAGGUGGCCAGGGAGCAGCAGAGAUUGGUCCAGCUAGAGAAGGAGCAAGGGAGCCCAAGGAAGGAGCUGGAACAACCACAAGAGGACCCAGAGAAGAUGCUCUUUACAACCACCUCUCAAUGGAGGGACUUAAGAGAAGAAUCAUUGCCACCCCCUCCCCUAACUCGAUCCCAAUCUGCUCAGCAGGUCCGGAGGCCACACUUGCCGAGGUCCCCUGACACCUCGCAGCUCACCCGGAGAAACAAAAGGACCCUGAGUUCAGCCAAGUGUACCCAGAAACCACGAACCUACCAGAUCCCCAAGAGGCCCCAGAAAUCAGCCUCCUUCCCCACCACUGGGACACUCAUCUCCAAAGUGCCCCAGUCUCCUCUGAUCAUCUCCCAGGUAACUCUGAAGGGCAGGAUAUACCACAUGGACACCAAGACCCUGAGGAAGAACCUUCAGCUCCUGAGUGAGGAGAGCAGCGCAGGGCUGCCCUACUACUUGCGCUGCAAGGUGCUGGAGCUCACUAGCACCGCCUUAGAGCUGAGCACCGUCAGGCUGCAGUACCUGUGCUGCAAGUACAUCUGCUACAGACGCUUCCAGAGCCUCCGACAAGAGAUAAUGAACCACAUCCAAGUCACACAGGAAACUGACACACUCUACAAAGCCCAGCAUCUCCGGAUUGUCCUGGAAAAAGUGGCCCAACUGCAGAACCUGCAGCUGCAGGCAUGGACGGAUAGACAAAAGGCCCUGGAAGAACUGCGCCAAGAAUGCCUGAGCAGCAUGGCGGCCAUGUUCCCCAAGCUCAAGCUGGAGUGCAACAUUCACCUGCACAGCCCAGUGGUCACAUCCCAGAAGUCGAGGAAAAGCAAGCCGUUUCCAUCCUUACCCCACGGUGGCCACUCCAGCAGCUCUUCCUGCAGGCGGUCACAGGAACACUUUAAACCCAAGCCGCAGGACUGUGUGUCCGUGCAGAUGCCCUGCCCCCAACCCCUCCCCAGCAAACAGGAGACUCAGAUGAAGGGCAUCUGGAAGACUGAUGUGGCCUCCUCCAGUCACCCAAUAGCAAAGAAGAUCCCCACCAGCCUGACCUGGGACCAGCUGGGCGGGCACCCAGAUGUCCCCCGGCUGCUGGCACUGGACAUACAUUCCUUCUACAACAAAAGCCUGAUGUCCCUCAAGACCUGCGCCUCAGCCACCCAAGGAAAGGAAGACCAGGAACCUUCAGAUGAGUCAGCUGAGCUUGUUCAGCAAAAGCCAAGUGAGUCCUUCCCUGGAACUUGAAGAAGCCAGAGGAAUCAAGAUAUUCCCAGUGCCCACUCCACCCCUUAGCCUGUGGUUCUCAAGCUUCAGGAUGAGUGAGACUCACCCAGGUACUUCUUCCAAAUGCAGGUGUCAUUAAAAAGAUGCAGUGAGUAUUGUUUAAUCCUCUAACUUGGUGAGAUACCACUUUACUCCUUCCUUCUCUGCAUUGUUGUGUUUUUAAUAAAAUAGAAGUGUGUUUACUUUUA